UACUCUCCAGUUGUUAUGCCCCAGGAAAAGAGGAAUUCGGUUUCGGAAAUGUAGCUAAUCGUUGACACAUUUUUAUUAUAAACUUAUUGCUUCAGUUAAACAUGGCUAAAACUAUGAUUUUGAGUGUCUUCCUGAUUACUUCUUGUUUCUUAUUCAAUUACGUGACAUGUGCAAAGACUGUUGUAACUAUCGGUGUACUUUUAGAAGACUUAACCUCCCAGAUAACUAUCCCUUUAAAUAGUACAAUUUAUAAGAAGAAUAUGUUUGAUCAGAGGGCUUACUUUUCUACAAAAAUUAUGAAAGUUUCUGGUACAGAUGAUUUUGAAGCAAGUCAAACAUUAUGCAAUAUGUUGCAAAGCGACAUGGGAGUGGUAGCGAUAUAUUCAGAUGCUGUUAAAUCUGUACCAAUUUUGGAGUCUACUUGUACAAACUUUGAAAUUCCGUUUAUUAGUACUUCUUGGAGAAAUCCAUCUGCAUCUAAAAAGGACACCACCGAAACUGAAGCCAGAGCACUUUUAAAUUUUUUCCCGGAAGCUGAAUUAUAUUCUAAAGGUCUAGCUGAGAUUGUAAGAAGUUUACAAUGGAAAAGUUUUAUUAUUAUUUAUGAAUCUGAAGAAGGUCUAGUUAGAAUGCAGGAGAUUUUAAAGCUUCAAGAACUAAGUCCUGAGUCUAGAAAGAAUAAUAUUCUUGUAAUGCAACUAGGACCCGGUCCUGACUAUAGGCCCAUUUUAAAAAAGAUAAGAAAUACAACUGAAGAAAAUAUUAUUUUAGACUGUCAAAAUGAGAACAUUUUAGCAGUAUUGUCACAAGCUAAGAGCGUUGGAAUGCUAACAUUGCAUAACAGAUAUUUUUUAACUUCAUUGGACGCCCAUACAAUAGACUUUUCGGUUUUAAAUACAACGGCUAAUAUAACAACUAUAAGACUUCAUGAUCCAAAAAGUGAUGACUUCUUAAAUACAAUCCAUCGUUGGGAACUUACAGAAUUUGAAAACCACAAUAAAAGGAUACCACUGGACCCAUUAUCAAUUAAGACAGAAACUGUUCUCUUCCAUGAUGCAAUACUUCUUUUAACGGAUACAAUAAAUGCUUUGACUAUAAAACCUGGAAUAAGUAAUAAGCCAUUGCUUUGUAAUGGAACAGAUAUUUCAGAGCAUGGAUUUAUUUUAAGAAAGUAUACUCAAAUCAACAAACCGUCACUUACCUUAACAGGGCCAAUAAAAUUUAAUGAUGAAGGUGAGCGGAUCGAUUUUAAUAUUCACGUGAUAGAUAUAAUAGACGAUUCUGUUAUUGCUACAUGGUACUCCAGUAAUGAAACACUGUAUUUGGCUAGAGACUACAAUCAGACUAUAGAUGCUGCUAUUCUAAAUUUACAAAAAAUUACAGUAAUCGUCUCAUCCAGAAUUGGGGAACCGUACCUAAGAUACAGAAACGUUUCUUACGAGGGAGAAGUAUUGACAGGAAACAAUAGAUAUGAAGGCUAUUCCAUGGAUUUAAUAGCAGGAAUUGCCAAAAUCAUCGGAUUUAACUUUCAGUUUGAAUUGACUGAAAAAUAUGGAAAUUGGGAUGCGUCUGAGAAAAGAUGGAAUGGUUUAGUUGGGGAGAUAAUAGAGAAAAGAGCUCAUCUGGCAAUAUGUGAUUUGACUAUAACACCAGAACGAAGAGAAGUAGUAGAUUUUAGCAUGCCUUUUAUGACUUUGGGUAUAAGUAUAUUGCAUAAAGCUCCUACUAAAGAAGACGUCAACAUAUUUGGUUUCCUUGACCCUUUCUCUCCCAUCGUAUGGAUAUACACUGCUACGUUAUAUUUGGUUAUUUCUAUCGUACUAUUUUUUAUAUCGAGAAUGACUCCCGGUGACUGGGAAAAUCCCCAUCCGUGUGAAGACAAUCCAGAAGAACUAGAAAAUAUUUGGGAUAUUCGAAACUGUCUUUGGCUUACACUCGGAUCAAUAAUGACUCAGGGAUGUGAUAUUCUACCAAAGGGAAUUUCAUCUAGAUUGGCAGUAGGUAUGUGGUGGUUCUUCUCGCUUAUUAUGACCAGUUCUUAUACUGCUAAUUUAGCAGCCUUUUUGACCAAAGCCAACCUGGAACCACCUAUAGACGGAGCAGAAGCUUUAGCCAAACAAACAAAAAUUAAAUAUGGUUGUCUAGCUGGUGGAGCCACAGAGUCUUUCUUCAAAAAUUCAAAUUUUACGACAUAUCAAAGGAUGUGGAUGAAUAUGAUUCAAGCAAAGCCUAGCGUAUUCGAAGAUACGAAUCCUGAUGGAGUAUAUCGAGUACAAAACACCAAGAAUAAUUUAUACGCUUUUCUAAUGGAGUCAACCCAAAUAGAGUAUGAGGUUGAAACUAAAUGCAAUUUAAAACAAAUUGGAGGAACGCUGGAUUCAAAAAGUUUUGGAAUUGCCAUGCCUAUGAAUUCUCCAUACAGAAGCGCUAUAAACAGAGCUGUUUUAAAAAUGCAGGAAGCCGGCGAUCUUGGAGAACUAAAAACUAAAUGGUGGAAAACAAAAAGAUUAGAAAAAUCUUGCGAAGGUACAGGUGAUGAGGGCGACAGUCUUAAGUUAGGCCUAGCCAAUGUCGGUGGUGUGUUUUUAGUAUUAGGAAUUGGUAUAGGGCUCUCCUGUGCAUUUGCUAUACUAGAAUUUCUUUGGAACUGCAGAAAUGUUUCUGUUGAAGAACAUAUACCUUAUAUGGAAGCGUUAAAAGUGGAGUUAAAAUUUGCCUGUAAUAUCUUUAUUACAAGAAAAAGAGUCAAACCACUACUAUCUGAAAAUAAUUCAUCUGAGAAUAGUGAUAAAGGCGACGAAAAAAAUGAUAACAAAAACAUGUUCCAGAGUAUGUUGCGGAGUAUUGGUUCUAAUUUAAAUAUAAACAGUUCGUAAAAUUGUUAAAUUUUAUCAUAAUAAAUUAAUUUUAUUGUAAAGAUU